ACUACAGAAUAUCCAAGCUGCAUAUAGAUUGAAUGGAAAGAACUACUUGAAGUGGUCUCAGUUGGUUCAAACCUUUCUAAAAGGGAAAGGAAAAUUGAGCCAUCUUCUUGGCAUUGGUCCUGAGAAAGGAGAUCCAAAUUUGAGGCUUGGGAUGAAAAGGAUUCUAUGGUUAUGUCAUGGCUGUGGAAUUCUAUGACACCAGAUAUUAGUGACACUUGUAUGUUUUUGUCCACGGCCAAAGACAUUUGGGAAUCAAUUCGUCAAACCUGUUCCAAAGUUAAAGAUGCUGCUCAAGUUUAUGAGGUAAAGAUCAAGAUUGCAGCUCUCAAACAAGGGAAUAAGUCAGUCACAGAGUAUGCUAUUCUUCUUAAAAAUCUUUGGCAAGAGAUGGAUCACUAUCGGUGCAUAGAAAUGAAGUGCAGUGAAGAUGCAACAACUUUGAAGAAAUUUAUUGAAAAAGAUCAAGUCUAUGAUUUUCUUGCUGGAUUGAAUGUUGAGUUUGAUCAAGUCAGAGUCCAAAUUCUGGGAAAACAGGAUCUGCCUUCUUUAAAUGAAGUGAUAUCCAUGGUUAGAGCAGAAGAGAGCAGAAGAGGAAUGAUGCUUGACAGUGUGCAUGUAGAAGGAUCUGCUAUGGUCUCUAAUGGUGGGAAGAACCAAAGCUUAGAACAAUUACCAGUCAGUGAGAAUGGGAAAGGUGAUUCGGCUAAAACUUCAAAUCGUGACAAUCUUUGGUGCACCUAUUGCAAGAAGCCAAGGCACACCAGAGAUCGUUGUUGGAAACUACAUGGAAAACCUUCAACUUCAAGCAAAGAAUGGGGUUAUAAAGGAGGACAACCAAGAAAUCAAGGACAAGCUCACAUGACUGCAAAGGAGUUAAACCAGGAGAAGUCUCAGGAACAAGGAGAGUUGGAUAAAAAAGAGAUUGAGAAAUUGAGAAGCCUAUUGGGAACUCUUGAAAAGGCUACUGGUGUAUGCUCCUUGGCACACUCAGGUAAAGACUCUAGUGCAGGAUCAAGGUUCGGGGAAGAAGAUUGGACUUGUUAAGGAGAAGGAUGAACUAUACUAUCUUGAGACAUCCAACAACAUAAGUAAUAUCAAGAAUAGUUUACCUUUG